AUGGAUAAUCGCCCCCUUUCGCAAUCCUCGCUCGACCCAGGCCUACUAGCUGGUUUCACGCCUGCCCAGCUUGCACAGCUUCGCCGGGCUCUCGACUCGACUCCGACAGCAUCGUCGCCAGGCCCUCAGGGUCCCACCAUGUCGUCGUCAGCUCCCAACACUGGACAGCCUGAUGCAUCGCCUGCUGCUGCGAGUGCUGCACCUCCGAUCACGCCAUAUCACAGCCAUCGGAGCCACCUGUCGUCGUCGUCGCUGGCCCCACCUGAACCUCCGCAACUCGCAUUUUCGGCUGCCCCUGCCCCCCUGUUUCCUACUUAUGGGUCUCAGCCAGCACCUUCGCUCGGCUUCCCAGGUGUUAUGCAGGCUGCGAUGCCACUUGCUGCCCCCUCGCCGACCCAGCCAUUCGUCGGGUUCAAUGCGACACAAGCACCAGGCACCUCGCAGCGAUCGGCAGCCUCGUGGGGCGAGCUCGGCUCCCCGAGCGACCCGAUCGCGACGCAGCCAGGCUCCGGUCGUCCCCCGGGCAUACACAAGGAGAUAGGCCCAUGCCUGACUGAAGCUGGUCAAUUGCGGCUCGUCGCUCAUGUAUACCCUCCUUCUCUCGCUCCAGAUGCCGAAUCGAUGGGCUACAAGUUCCCCCUUUUCCAGUUUCGCUACUCCACCAUGCGAGACUACCUCAACUCCUUCGGCCUUGCGCGCACGUAUGAGCGCCCUUUCGAAACAUCCAUCGUCACUUUUGUUGAGGAUAUUAUCGCCGAUCUCAGGGCGUCACCUCUCGGCUACGAUUUCGCCCAGGUACUCAAUUUCUCGCAGCAUCGCCACGAACAGCUCGAGCUUCAGCUUCUGUCGCUGCAUAACAAGGGUACUCCCACCCAAGAUGGACAGGCAUGGCUCCAUCGCUACCCUGUUGCACCAGACAUGACCAUCGCCACCCUCGCGUCGUCUAUGUUUGUCUUGUACUUCUGUAAGCCUCGUCUCUGUAUCCGGGAUGGUGCACUUCAUGUCUACUUCGUCGUUGCCAAUGCCCCAGUCUCGCUUCGCCUUCCCUCUGCCCUCCCCGAUAGCCCGCCUCUUCCGCAUACCUGCAUUUCGGACGGAUUCUAUAAUGGGCUGCCACGCGAUGGGACGCCUGGAUCGGGGCAUGCUCGCGAUAGCAAUGUGCUCUGUGAUUCGACGUGCCUAGCCAGAGACUCGGAGCUUACUAGUAGUAGCGACACCGAUGACGAGGUUGAAGAAGCCCUUGGCCUAGUUGGCCCUACUAGUCCUGGGUUGGAGUCGCUCAGCCUCGACGAUGGACCUGCUGGUCCAACUGCUCCUGCGGCAGUGUCCAAUGCUCCGAGCCACCCCCGACAACGAGUAUCGGCGCGGCUGCGCAGAGCUGGGCAGGCACAACUAUCAUCGAUCCCUGCUCUGCAGCGAACACAGACUAUACCAUGUUUCGUGCUGGACUUGAUCCCUCCUCGACUGGGAUGGUCGACUCCAUAUCGUCCGGCGUCUGGGUCCUACCACCCUGCUGUACGAUGCGAGGCUCUAGCAGAGCUCAGGAAUGCAGUUUUUGAGGCUGCAUCUGAUGGCCAGAGGCCUUCUUGUCGCCUCCGAAUCGACGGUUCUGACGUGCCGCAUAUGGCAGUCAUCUUCAAGGACAUGCUUGGCCAGGCUGCAGUCAACGGCGACUUCACCCACAUCCUUGCCAUGAAUCGAUCGUUCCGCGCCAUACAGCACCACGAAGUUGGCGACCUGCCUCUUGUUGCGUCGUUCGGCGAUGGGCUUGAACGGCAGACAAUGAUGGUACUGCUCGCAGAAUUCUCUCGCUGCUUACCAUCGUACUUCAUGACGAGGCUUGGCGAGAACUCCAACGUCCUUGCUUGCCCUCCGCGAGCCUUGAGUCCUGCACAGAAGGAAGAGCUUGGGGCCCUCGGUGCCAUCGUCGGCCUCUGCUUGGUGAAUGGUAUGGCAAUCCCGAAGAUCGCAGGAGAAUGGUUGAUCUAUCUUCUCAAUGGCUGCAACUUUGAGGCGAUCACGCGCGAGGUCACACAGGCCUUCCAUCCUCGUCUCGCAGCGGAGAUCAUCCAGCUCGACAGCAUUGGGACGACUGGCGAUCUCACACCAUUUGAAGAAGACUUUGUCAUUUACCUUGGGAAGCAUACUGCAUUAUACACGAUUCGUGACGAAGAAACCCAUGCUGCUUUUGCCCCAAUGCUCCUGUACAAGGCUCUGCUAGGCGACGACACUGUUGCAGAGCAUACCGAUACUCGUGCUUUCCGCGCAGGCUUCGAGUUGCCGUGUCACAACGGGUUCACGUUGUCGAAGGCUGCUCAAGCAUUCGCCGGUGGACCAGCUGCACUCGUGAUGGCGGCCUGUUCGACGCGAAUUGGCAGCUACGAAAGCCUCAAGCCUUACCUCGAUAUUAUCGUCAAGCACACAGUCCCUCUUCCCCUGAAGACGAUAGCCUUCGACGAUGGGCGUGCCAGUCUAGGGAUGUGGUCAGGGGCUUCCUCCAGCGCACAGGCAUUCCCUGCGCUGCGUCAGAUCGACUCUCCGAGCUUCCGCCCUCGCAUGCUCGCCAUCGCUGCCACUGGCUCCGACUCGAUUGUGGGUAGCGAGAAAAUCAAGAUCACUUUCGUCGGCAAUAGUGACGAGGCCUGGCAGACAUGCUUCAAGGAGGGUGUCGUUCCGACUGCCUACCUCGCACAGCUCGUCCACGAGGUAUACGAUCCGAAUUCGGUGGACAAGCCGACAUCCCUCCUCAAUGCAAUCGACAGCUGGCUUCUUGAGGAAUUGCUUUCUGCGAUCGCCAGUCCCCACGGUGGUAUCCUUUAA